AUGAGUGUCCGGAGUCAGGAGCGUCCAUCUGGAGUCAGGAGUGUCAGGAGUGUCCGGAGUCAGGAGUGUCCAGAAGCCAGGAGCAUCCGUCCGGAGUCAGGAGUGUCAGGAGUGUCCGAAGUCAGGAGCGUCCAUCCAGAGUCAGGAGUAUCAACCGUGUCCAGAUUUAGGAGCAUCCGUCCAGAGUCAGGAGUUUUAGGAAGUCAGGAGCGUCCAUCCGGAGUGUCCAAAAGUCAGGAGCGUCCGUCCAGAGUUAGGAGUAUCAGGAGUGUCCGAGUUUCCGGAGUCAGGAGCGUCCGUCCUAAGUCAGGAGUCUCAGGAGUGUCCGGAGGUCUGGAGCGUUCGUCCAGAGUCAGGAGUGUCAAAAGGUCAGGAGCGUCCAUCCGGAGUCAGGAGUGUCAGGAGUGUUCGGAUCUCAGGAGCGUUCUUCCUGAGUCAGUAGUGUCAGGAGUCAUGAGCGUCCGUCCGGUUCUUGAGUAG